AUGACUGCACAUUUUGUUCAAAGUAAUAGUCUUAAUACUGUAGUUUUGUGCACAAAAAAACUUUUGAACAAUCAUAUAGGGGAAAAUUUGGCAGAAAUAUUGUUGACUGAAUUUAAUAAAUGGGACAUACAAAGUAAGAUAGCUGCUAUAGUUACGGAUGGUGGUAGUAAUAUUAAAGCAGCUGUAAGAUUAAUGAAUUUACCUCAUGUACCAUGUACAGCUCAUAAGCUAAAUUUAAUAGUAAGUCAAGCAUUGAUGACUGAUAUUGAUUAUGAUGAUCAAGUUUCUUUUGAAGAUAAUGAUGCAGACCAGAUUAAGUUUCUUUUAAAAAAAUGCAGAAGUAUAGUAGGUAUUUUUAAAAGAAGUGAAGUUGGAAAUAGACAUCUUGUUGAAAAGCAGAAACAACUAGGGAUGACAAACACUCUGAAAUUGAAACAAGAUGUCAGGACUAGAUGGAGCAGUACAUUAGUUAUGUUAGAAAGAUUAUUUAAAUUGAAAGAACAUGUAACCAUAGUCCUAAUGUCAUUAAGAGAUGGGCAAUCGAAUCUAACUCCAAGUCAAUGGGAUGUUGUAGAAGAUAUAAUUCCUUUAUUGCAACCAUUUAAUAAAAUGACUGUAGAACUAUCGUAUGAAAAGGCUCCAACUAUUUCCAAAGUAAUACCAUUAGUACGAGGAUUACAGAACACAUUAUCAAAAAAAAACCCAAGAACAAAUCAAGGGAAGUUUCUUCGGGAGCAAUUAUUGAACAAUGUGGGAAAUCGUUUUCAGUCAGUUAAAAAAUUAUUGCCAAUACCUUACUAUGCUAAUGCAGCAUUCCUAGAUCCCAGGUGUAAAAAGGCAUGUUUCACAAAUCAACAAAAUGCUAAUGAUGCUGAAGCUUCAAUCAUUUCAGAAAUUGCUGGUUUAGUCCAAAAUCAAACAACUGUUCUUGAUGAAAUGUAA